GUAGGCGUUAUGGUGGAAGAAAGAACAGCUCUACAAGCGACUAGUGCUGGGUGAGACUUGCUCGCUUCUUUAAACUUACAACCCCAUCAGACUUUUUUAUAUGGGCCUUCCUAGACCCUGUGAAGUGUUGAUAUAAUUACCGGGAUUCAAGCAACUUCCUGUAAUCAGGAUGGAUACAAUGGUCAAUAAACUUGUCAUGAAUAUGCAGUUCAGCCGUAAAUCUGGACAGUAUACGAUGAACCAUGGAAAUGUUAAUCCUAGCCUUGGCAGGGUAGCCAUUAACCGCUCUGGUUCACAGGAUUCCUUAGAUGAUCUCUCAUUGGACGACUACUGGAAAGAAGUAGAAGAUAUUAAGAAAAACACUGACUGCAGUCGAGAACAACAAGAUGUUGUCAAAGAGCCAGAUGAAGGGGAACUGGAGGAAGAAUGGCUCAAAGAGGCAGGCUUAUCCAAUCUGUUUGGAGAGUGUGCCAUGGACUCCCAGGAGAGCAUUGCAUUUCUGUCCACUCUGACCAGGACUCAGUCGGCAGCUGUACAGAAAAGGAUUGAUACUUUCUCACAGACUUUAAGGAAGAAAAACAAGCAACAUCAAAUCCCAGAUGUACGAGACGUGUUCAAGCAACCCGAGGCAUCAAAAGAAAAGGACCAAAAUGUAAAUGGAUUUCAGUCUUUGGAAGCAAGGGACAAAAGAAAAGAUGAUCAAAGUGAAUAUGCUGCUGCAGGUCUGUUAUCCAAUAAUGAGGAAGGGAAAAAACAUAUGGAGGAUAUUGUCCCAGAAACGGAUAUCAAUCUUGAAAUUUCAUUUGCUGAGCAGGCUUCAAAUCUCAAAGAGUUCCCAAAUGUAAAAUCCGAGAAAGAAGAUGACUCUUUGCUACCUAACUUUAGGCUACCACAAGACAAAACUGGUACCACGAAGAUUGGAGAUUUGGCACCACAAGAUAUGAAGACGGUGACCUCACUUGCACUGAUUGAGCUGACUGCACUAUAUGAUAUCUUGUGCACUGAACUUAAACUUCAAAGAGCAGCGAAAAUAAAGGUUAAAGAAUCUGGCGUUUUUAGGGUGCCUUUGUCUGCUUUAUUGGAACAAGAUCAGAGGCGACUUCCAGGAACUAAGGUGCCUCUAAUAAUGCUAAAGUUGAUAAGUCAUAUAGAAAAGGGAGGACUGGACACAGAGGGUGUUCUGAGAAUACCCGGAGCAUCUGCAAGAAUUAAGGUUCUGUGCCAAGAACUCGAUGCCAAGUUUUAUGAUGGAACAUUCAACUGGGACACUGUGAAGCAACAUGAUGCAGCCAGCCUUCUAAAGUUUUUCAUUAGAGAGCUUCCCCUACCAUUACUUACUGUGGAAUAUCUGAAAGCUUUCCACUCUGUACAACAUCUUCCAACCAAAAAGCACAGAUUACAGGCACUGAAUCUGCUUAUCAUUCUUCUUCCUGACGUACAUAGAGAUGCACUCAAGGCUCUGCUUGAAUUCCUUCAGAGGGUUGUGGAUCACCGGGAACAUAACAAAAUGACUCUAAAAAAUGUUGCAAUGAUUAUGGCUCCAAAUCUGUUUUCUGUUCAUAACUCCCAGUUAAAGACAGUGGAUCAAGGAGCUGUGGCCAGUGCUGCCCGUACUGCAUCUGUAAUGCUUUUCAUGAUCAAAUAUCAAAAGCUUCUCUGGACAAUACCAAAGUUUAUUGUCGGGCAAGUGAGAAGACAGAAUGUGGUUAACCAGAAGAAACUGACCAAAGAGAAGGCGAUGAAAAAGCUUUUGAAAAGAAUGGCAUAUGAUCGAGAGAAGUCUGAAAAGAGCAUCAGUGAAAAUGAAGUACCCCAAGGAUUCAUAAGGGUUCAAGCACCUCAGUUUUCCAAAGUUUCUAUGGCAGUACAGUUAACAGAAGACCUGAAAGCUGGAGAUAUUUUGGCUCGAUUCCUCAACAAAGAGAGUGGUGGUAUGUCAAGAAAUUUAAAGAAAGAAGAGGUUUGCUUAUAUGAAAUUGGAGGAAAUAUUGGGGAGCGAUGCCUUGAAGAAAAUACCUACAUGAAAGACCUGUCUCAACUCAAUCCGAGUGCUGAGUGGGUUAUAAAAUCGAAACCCAGUGUAUAACAAAGAACAA